CCAGCCGGAAGCAGACACAUGCGGAAGUGUGUCCCUGGCGUACUGCCGUCGGGCCGCGCGGUUUGAGGCAUGGCUUUCCGGCAGGCGCUUCAGCUAGCGGCCUGCGGUCUGGCGGGUGGCUCGGCCGCUGUCCUCUUCUCCGCGGUAGCGGUGGGCAAGCCACGUGGCGGCGGGGAUGCAGACGCGCGCGUGGCCGAGCCUCCGACCUGGACAGGAGCCUCGCGUCCGGGGCCCGGCGUCUGGGAUUCCAACUGGGACAGGCGAGAGCCACUGUCUCUCAUUAACCUGAAGAAGAGGAAUGUGGAAUCUGGAGAAGAAGAGCUGGCAUCCAGGCUGGACCACUAUAAGGCAAAGGCUACAAGGCACAUAUUCCUCAUCCGUCAUUCCCAGUACCAUGUGGAUGGCUCCCUGGAAAAGGACCGCACUCUGACCCCAUUAGGUCGGGAACAGGCUGAACUUACAGGGCUCCGACUUGCAAGCCUGGGAUUAAAGUUUAAUAAAAUUGUUCAUUCCUCCAUGACCCGUGCUGUAGAGACCACAGACAUCAUCAGUAAACACCUGCCAGGUGUCUCCAGAGUCAGCACAGACCUGCUACGGGAAGGUGCCCCUAUUGAACCGGAUCCACCUGUCUCUCACUGGAAGCCAGAGGCUGUGCAGUAUUAUGAAGAUGGAGCCCGGAUUGAGGCUGCCUUCAGGAACUACAUCCACCGAGCUGAUGCCAAGCAGGAGGAGGACAGCUAUGAGAUCUUCAUAUGCCAUGCCAAUGUCAUCCGCUAUAUUGUUUGCAGAGCACUGCAGUUUCCCCCAGAAGGUUGGCUCCGCCUGUCCCUCAACAACGGGAGCAUCACCCACCUGGUGAUCCGACCCAACGGUCGUGUUGCACUCAGGACCCUUGGGGACACUGGGUUCAUGCCCCCAGACAAGAUUACCCGGUCCUGAGGCUGCCUGCAGGACUGCACCCUCCUCUGCUGGUGGGCUGGCUGCAGCCUUCCCUUCCUUGUCUUCCCUGUCCAGAUUGUGCUGUGGCUUCAUGUUGUCUCCAGGAAGAGGAUAUCUGAAUGUCACAUUUGGGUGCUCAUUUCUGGUCUGGGCUGCAGAAAGUAACUUAUGGGUUAGAUGGUCUUUCUGAAAGCUUCCUACCUUACCACUACCACUAGCACAGCUCUCCAAGGUACAGGAACCUUCUCGGGCAGAAGGCAGACAUAAUCAUGAGGACUGAAGUGGCCUGGCUGUGUUUUAUCAGGUGAUUACAGCAGAUCAACUGAACAACCCAUAAACUCUGGCAGAAAACCUGUCAGGCAGUAUAGUGGUUGUUUGCAACUCGUUGUUUCAUAUCCUAUAAUCUAGGAACUUUUGUUGCUUAAAUAUUUAUCAGAUAUUUUCCUCACAUGGGUUCUUGCUUUGUAAACUCACUUGUCAGCUCAAUUAAGAGAUCCUGUGUCUAUUGCAUCUUGAAGGGCUAAGGGACUGGCAUCCUAUAAGGUAGACUAUAAGCCAUGGAAGAAGUGGCAUUACAAAACGGCUGUGGUCUGGAUAUGGCAAAUACAUGACAGCCCUGUAAGAGGUUCUUUGGAGGCAGUGAAAUAGCCCGGACUGACAAAAUUUAGGUGGUAUGUGCUUGUAAUUCUAGCACUUCGGAGGCCAAGGUAGGAUCAUGAGUUUCUUGCUAGCCUGAGCUAUGUAGAAAAACUAAGUCUUAAAGAAAAUAUUCUAGAGUGCUACUGGUUACUGUAAACCUUUGGGCUUGUAGGUUAAGUUAUUUAGAAAUGAUGUGUUUGUUUACUCCAGAUAGUCUGAUAAUGUAGAAGAAACUGGUUUGUGUGUAUGUGUUUUUUGUUUUUGCAUAUUUGAGACAGGAUCUUAAUGUUUACCAGGCUGGCCUCAAACUUGAGACCCUUCUCAGUCUUUAGAGCGUUGAGGUUGUAGAUAUAUACUACCAUACCUGUCCCCCAAAAAUCCCUAUACAGUUUCUAUGAAGUGGCUGUGAGCAUUUUCUGUAAUCAGUACAAUGAGUUGGAAUAUUUGACCCAUCUCUCUGUCCUGUUUGGAAACAAGUAUGUAAUAAAAUUUUACUUCUU